AUGACCCGGAUUCACUCCUUUCUCCUGCUCCUGGCGACUGUCGCCCCAUGCCUGGGUGCCUCUGCCUCUACCCAGGCAUGCCGACCCAAGCCCGGAUCGAACUCCACCGCCGCCGGCUUUCCCGCCGGCUUUGACGGUUUUGUUGAAUCGGUCCUGAAAGACCUCCACGUACCCGGUAUGUCCGUUGCACUCGUCAACGGAAACCAGACCUUUACAAAGGCCUAUGGCUAUGCGCAUCUGUCUGACAAGAAGGCCACCCCCGACACCAUCUGGCUCGGCGCUUCCACCACCAAGGCUUUCGUCGGCGCGACUCUGUCCCACUUCAUCAACAACAAGACGUACCCGGAUAAGCUCACCAAGGGUUGGAAGACGCCCAUCUCGGACAUCAUCCCCGACGACUUCGUCCUCACUGACGAAUGGGCCACCAAGCACCUGACCCUCGAAGACGCCAUCAGCCACCAGACUGGCCUCCCGCGUCACGACUAUGCCUGGCGGUACUCCAACGCCAACGGGACUGAGCGGACGCCCAUCCGGGACGUCGUCCGCACGCUGCGCCACCUGGAGCUCGUCGCCGAGCCGCGCGCUGCCGUCCAAUACAACAACCUCGUGUACAUCACCCUCUCCCACGUCAUCGAGACCCUGGCCGGCAAGCCGCUUAAGACCGUCUUUAAGGAGCUCAUCUGGGAGCCGCUUGGCAUGAACUCGACCUUCCUCGAUGUCGACGAGGCUAAGGCCGCCGCCGGCGACCGCAUGGCCACCGGCUACGGCUGGCACAUUAACAACUCGAGCUUCGUCGAGAUCAAGCGCGACACGCUGCAGGCGUCCGGCGCGGCCGGCAUCAUCACCACCGUCGAGGACCACGCCCGCUGGCUUCAUAGCCUAAUUGACAUGUCCGGGCCGCUGUCCAAGGCCGUGCACAAGGACAUCCGCCGCGGCCGCAGCAUCUUCAGCGACCAACCCUGGGUCGAGGGCGGCUUAGACGUGAAGCUGUACGCGCUCGGCUGGCAGCGCACCACCUUCUUCGGCGAGGAGCUCUUCUUCCACGGCGGCGAGAGCCUGGCCUUUGGCACAACCAUGUGGUGGAUUCCCAGCCGCAAGUUCGGCGCCGUGGCCAUGGGCAGCGUCUACGAGCACGCCAACGAGGCCAGCGUCGCCGUCAUCCGCCGCCUGGCCGCCGAAGCCCUGGACGUCCCUCCGGAGAAGCGAAUCAACGACUUGGCAGAGUCCAUUAAGAAGAUGGACCAGCUAGACCACAAUCUGGACACCGCCGCGACCGACAUCUACCCCAAGUUCGACAAGGACAACCGCGCGCCCCCUCCGGCUGCCCUGAGCGCCCUCGCCGGCACCUACGAGGACCCGGGCUACGGUCCCCUCGUCUUCAAGCCUACCAGCAACUCCUCCAACUUCGAGCUGCUGGCCGAGCGCCCGGACAUGCUCUACCAGUACAACGUCCGCCUCGAGCACGUGUCCGGCAACGACUGGAUGGCCUGGUUCGAGUCGCGCAUCGCCUCUCGCCUUCCCACGGAGGUCUUUGAGGCGCACUUCACCUUUGCCGGCAACGCUUCCAAGGCUCUCACUAUCAACUUCUUUGCGGAGCCGAAGCGUUAUAACGUCACUUUUAACAAGGUCGCGUGA